AUGCCUUCCACUCCCCAUUAUGCUAAAAGAGGAAAAGGCUCGAGUUUCAGAUUCUCAGAGAGAGAUAGCUUUGCAGCAACAUCACAGAAGAGUAGACAAUCCCAACUUUGUUCUGCUAGCUGGGGUAGAGCUUCUGGAAUAAGAAAUCCAUUUCAAACUUGUGGCAAAUUGUACCGAGGAGUUUGUAGAUUUGUCACUGGAGCUUGCUUUUUAUGUGGUGAUAUGGGUCACUUUCCUCAGAACUUCCCUAAGAAGUCUGGUGAUAAUUCGGCACAGUCAAAACAAUCAGUGGCAACCUCAAAUAGAAACAGAGGAAUGGUUGACCCUGGUUCAAUACAUUCACAUAUUAGUACAAAAAUGGUUAGAGCUAGAGGAAUUCCUUUAGAACCAAUAGUGAAUGAGACUUUAGUGAUAAAUCCUGUGGGACACAGUGCGAGAGUAUCAAGAGUAUGUAACAAAUGUCCUAUAAAGAUCCAGGGAAUUGUGUUUUUGGCUAAUUUAAGGGAAUUUCCCUUCAAUGAUUUUGAAAUUAUCAUAGGCAUGGAUUGGUUGUCCUCACAUUAUGGAUGGGUCGAUUGUCGUAAGAAAGGUUUUUAUAGAGUAAAUGAUAUUCCUAUGGUUAGAGAAUUUCUCGAUGUAUUUCCUAAGGAUUUACCGGGACUACCUCCAAAUUGUGAGGUAGAAUUUACGAUUGAGAUUUAUCCGGGUACUGAACCGGUGUCAAUGGCUCCAUAUAGAAUGGCUCCGACUGAACUGUGA